CCCGAACGGCGAUUAAAGGUACACAUUUCAUAUUUUUCAGAGUUUUGGAUCGAGGAAGGAUACGCACGAUGGAUACGCACACGAUCAUGGGCGGAUUCAGUGGAAAAGCGGCACCAGUGUGAUAAGGGCGGCCCCCGAAUUUGGAAUCAGUCGCGGAUUUUCAGACAUUCGAAUAACCGAAUGGAGUGCGAAACUUGAGAGCAGCUCAGCAAUUCCAGUGGUGGGAGGGGUCGCCUGAAUCCGAAUUCGCAUGCGAAUUGAGCAAAAGCGAGGAAACAUUUGCACUAAACCCGGGCCAACCUACCACCUCCCCUUCCAUUUGCUAUAGAAUCAUGUAUAUUCCCACUGCCAACAGGAAGUUGAUCUACGAGAACCUUUUCAAGGACGGUGUCCUUGUUGCCAAGAAGGACUUCAACGCCCCCCGUCACCAGGACAUCAACGUCCCUAACCUCCAGGUGAUCAAGGCUAUGCAGUCGCUCAACUCGCGUGGCUUCGUCAAGACCCAGUUCUCGUGGCAGUACUACUACUACACCCUCACCGAUGAGGGCAUUGAGUACCUGCGCGAGUUCCUGCACCUCCCCUCGGAGAUCUUCCCUGCUACCUUCAAGAAGGUUGCCCGCGCCGCCGCUCCCCGCCUUGGUGGACGCCCUGAGCGCCCCGAGGGUGGCUUCCGCCGCGAGCGUGACGACUACCGUCGCCGUGACGAUGGCAAGAAGGAGGGUGCUUCGGGCGACUUCCGCCCUGAGUUCCGUGGCGGUUUCGGCCGUGGCCGCGCCCAGCAGUAAAAAAAACAUUGAUUUGGGAAGCGGAAUCUUGUCCUUUUUAUAUCUCCAUAUCUUUAUGUCGUGAGACUAAUAAGACGAGAUGCUCUUUUGAAACCUCGAAAUUGCAACCG